AUGGGGAACGAAGCAAGCCUCGAGGGUGGGGAAGGGGGACUCGCUGGAUUACCAGAAGGGAUUGUAUCUGACGGAAAGGGAGGCUUCAUUCAGAUACCCGCAGGAACAGAGGCGGAUCUGAGCAAACUGAGUGAGGAGGAGAGGAAGCAGAUCGCCGCUGUAAUGUCAAAGGCGCAAACGAAGACAUCUGAGGUAGAUGCAAUCCAUCAGCCUCGACAACCAGGAAAACCCCCCACCCAGGGGCCCUCUGGGCUCAGUAAGAGCCGAACGGUCGAUGCCUUCAGAACAGGACCAGCAGCCAGACAGGCCCCACCGGGGAGGAGCCCUUCCUCGCUCAGCCUUUUAGAGUCGCUCUCCAGGCAGGAGGCCAGAGAGGAGACCCGAUCCAGCAUGUUUUCCUCCAAUUUCCUGAGCGGGGCCAACCCCCUCAGCGCGGUGUCCUCUGCCGUGAACAAGUUCAGCCUCUUCGGGGAUGAGGAGCCAGAGGAGGAGAAGAAGCAGAAGGCCGCAGCGCAGCAGGCAGGGCCUGCCAAACAGGGCCAAGGGCCCCCUCAGCAACGAGGGCCUCAAGGGCCACAACAGCAGACAGCUCCUAAAGGUGGCCCGCAGCCGCAAGGGCCCACCAAACCGGGACCCCAGCAGCAGCAAGGGCCAACCAAACCAGGACCCCAGCAACAAGGGCCAGCCAAACCAGGACCACAACAACAAGGGCCCAGUAAGCCUGGAGCUCAGGGGCCCAGUAAGCCUGGACCUCAGGGGCCCAGUAAGCCUGGACCUCAGGGGCCCAGUAAGCCUGGACCUCAACAGCAACAGGGGCCUGGUAAGCCUGGGCUUUGCCAACAGGGCCCCCCAGGUACUGGAGCUCAGUCGGCAGGACCUGCCAAAACCGGAGCACCCCCCUCAGGACCUGGUGUUGCAGGGCCUAAGCAGUCAGAAGGACCUAGCCCUGGGAAAUCAACCUGCCCACUGUGUAAGACCACUGAACUCACUCUGCACACCAAGGAGCAGCCAAACUACAACACCUGCACACAAUGUAAAACUGUGGUGUGUAGCCUAUGUGGAUUCAGCCCUCCAGAUUCUGAGGGGAAGGAGUGGCUGUGUCUGAACUGCCAGAUGCAGCGAGCACUCGGAGGCAUGGAUGCCCCUGCACCCCCCAAAAUGAAGCCCCAGCCCCAGCCCUCCAAGCAGCCCUCUGCCCCCUCCUCACCCCAAAAAAAACAGGCCGCUCCAGACACGCAGGGCCACAAGCCUGAGGCGGCCAAACCCGCAGAGGCCAAGAAGCCCUCUCCACUGAAGAAGCAGCCCACUUUAUCAGACACAGGGAAGCCGGGAACCCCACCCUCCACACCUCCGUCUGCACGCAAAGGGCCUGCCCAGGCGCCGGAGAAGGGGACGGGUCCCCAGGAGGCCCACAAACCAUCGGGGACCCAAAAGCCCCAGGAUCAGCCAGGGCCGACCGGGACCAAGCAGGACAUGACAGGGCCCCAGUCUGCUAGUCCUGCUCCGCUCACACAGGCGGCACAGAAACCGGCCCAGCAACCCUCCAUAAAACCCGCUCAGCAGCAAGAACAACAGCCCCCGGACCAGAAGCCCUCAGGAGGGGCAGUGAAAACAGAUCCCAAAGCAGGUCCUCUCACGCAGGAACCACACAAAUCCCCACAGCAGUUGCCAAAAGGCGGCGCGGGACCUUCUCCUGCCAAACCUGGAGCUCCACCACAGACCCAACCCCCUCCUCAGCCUCCCAAGCAGGAGUCCAGCUUCUUUGGCCUCAGCUUCGGAGGUUUCUCUGAGCCCCCCAAACCCCAGCCCGCCAAGCCUCCGCCCACCACCCCCCAGGCCCCAGAGUCUGUGUCCGGGAAGCUGUUUGGGUUCGGCGGUUUCAGCGAAGCGCCAAAGCAGCCCGCGGCAGCUCCGCCCGCAGACUCCGUCUCCGGAAAGAUGUUUGGAUUUGGCUCGUCCAUCUUCAGCUCGGCGUCCAGCCUGAUCACCACCACCGCUCAGGACCAGCCCCCUGCCCAGCCCCCUGCCCAGCCCCCUGCCACCUCCAAGGAGCCCACGCCAGCACAGCCCUCUCCCAAGAAGCCCCCGGCCGCUGAGGGCAAGCCGUCAGCUGGGCAGAAGCCAGAGACAUCCCAGCAGGCCAAGCCGACGCCUCCUACCCCGGAAAAGAAGACAAUCCCAACGAAAGCAGACAAGCCUCCGACGGAACCUCCUAAAGUAACGGAACCGCCCCAGCCCACUCCUAAAGAGGCCUCCUCAAAUUGCCCUCUAUGUAAAGUGGAACUGAAUGUGGGCUCCAAGGACACCCCCAAUUACAACACCUGUACCGAGUGCAGGAAGACCGUCUGCAACCUGUGUGGAUUUAACCCCAUGCCUCAUCUGAAUGAGAUAAAAGAAUGGCUUUGUUUGAACUGCCAGACUCAGAGGGCCCUUGCUGGUCAGCUGGGGGACAUGCCACCACCAAUGCCUGCACCAACAAAGCCGGCGAACCAGCAGCCAGCACCCACCAAGCUUCAAACCUCUCCUACAAAGCAAUCAGAACCGCAAAUGGCUGAGCCAGUCACCACAGAGCCCAGCCCACCUAAACCUGCACCCGUCGAACAAAAUGCAGUGAACACUGAGUCAGCUGCGCCUGCCAGUCCUGCUAUGGCCCCUAAGCCUGCCACUUCCUCCCCUGCUAAGGAACCAACAAGGCUGGCCACAAAUGAUCAGACGCCACCCCAGAAACCUGCGGACAUGGCUAGGACGGGUGAAAUAACAGAAGGGGCAAAGAAAGCUGAAGCAGUAACCAGGGAGACCAUAAAGGAGCCGACAGGCGAAACUGAGGAGAAAGCAGACAAUAAAUCUGAAAUUUCAGUAUCAUCUGAGGUCAUCACAGAUUCCCUUGGCGAGACUCCCUCCAUCAUUCCGAGUGAAAAAAAUGAACUAUUGAAAGAACCUGUGAAGAAGGAUGGAGAUGCCCCAGAAACCAGUCCAACAAGUCCCUCUGACUUGGCCAAGUUAGAAAGUACAGUGCUUUCUAUAUUAGAGGCUCAGAAAAGCACAGACAAGAAUGAGAAUGCAAGCAACGUCCAUGACCAGAAGCAAGACCAACACAGGCCAAAGACACUGCCAAUAUCAGCAGAAUCAUUCAGCUCGGAAGAGGGUGAGCUAGAAGAUACCAGAGAGGUGGGUAAAUCUGCAGUGAAAGAUGCUCCCAUUGUUACUGCCCCGAAGAAAGAGCGCAAGAAGCUACACGUACUGCCAGAGGGAAGGCAGCGCUAUGACUCUGUGGAGGACAGCAGUGAGAGUGAGCCCUCACCUCUCCAGCAGAGGAGAAGGAAAAUCAGCGCUGCAUCAACCAGCAGUGAGGAAUAUAAACUGGAUAGCCCUGGCUCUGGAGAUGAAGAGGACUUUAUUAGGAAACAGAUCAUGGAGAUGAGUGCAGAUGAGGAUGCAUCGGAGGAUGAGGACAAUUACAUACGGAAACAGAUCAAGGAAGAGGAGGAAAAGCGGGAGCAAGAUGACAAGAAAGUUAAAUGCAAAAGCACAUCUGGGAAAAGCAAGCGACUCCUGAAAAAGAGCAGUGUCAGCCAUGAGCUUGAGCCGGAGAGGCGCCAUUCAUGGCAAGAGAGUGAAGAGCAAGAGUGUGAGGAGAGUUCUGACUCUAAGAAUAGGGAAACGAAGAGCCAGGAAGGGGAGGCUCCCUCCAUUGAUAGCGGAGGGGGACUCCGACGCUUCAAAACAAUUGAGCUCAACAACACCACUGCCUCUCCAUAUAAUGCAGGAGCCACAGUACGGCAGGGAACGGAGGAAGGGGAGCUGGAAAUGGAGAGCCUCACUGAUUCACCUGAAGACAGAUCAAGAGGUGAGUCAUCCAGUCUGCAUGCAUCCAGCUUCACCCCUGGAACAUCCCCCACCUCAGUGUCCUCAUUCGAUGAGGACAGUGACAGCAGUCCGAGCCACAAAAGGACAAGUGGAGAGGGCAAGCAACACCGGAAGGCUAGGCACAGACAGCAUGGUCAGGUGCUCCCAACUAUCGAGGACUCCUCCGAAGAGGAGGAGAUGCGAGAGGAGGAGGAACUUCUCAGGGAACAGGAAAAGCAGAGGGAGGUUGAUCAACAGCAGGUGAAAAAGAGCUCCAGCAAAAAGUCCAAAAAAGACAAAGAGGAACUUCGGGCACAAAGGAGAAGAGAGCAUCCUAAAACACCACCAAGUAAUCUUUCCCCCAUUGAGGAUGCUUCCCCAACAGAGGAGUUGCGGCAAGCAGCAGAGAUGGAAGAGCUUCACAAAUCAUCCUGCUCUGAAUAUUCCCCAAGUAUCGAGUCGGAACCUGAGGGGUUUGAGAUCCACCCAGACAAAAUCAUCGCUGUCCAAAAAGUGUACAAGCUGCCAACAUCAGUCUCACUCUACUCUCCAACUGAAGAACAGAAUACUGAAAUGACCAAUGACAUGGAUAAAUCAUUAAAAAGUGCAGAUGAGGCCUAUGAGGAGAUGAUGCAGAAUGUUAAAACUCUUCAAGGUAAGAAGGAAACUGAAGAGCAACUUGAGAAAGAGCCUCUUUAUGGUGGCAUGCUGAUCGAAGACUACAUUUAUGAGUCAUUAGUUGAGAACAAGGUCACUGGAAACUAUGUGGCCCAGAAACAAGAAUCAAGCAAAAUUUCUGUGCAAGAACCUGUGAAGAAACUGAAAUCCCCAGACGAGGCCUAUGAAGAUAUGCAGAAAAGGAAAGAAAUUAUUCUUAAAGAACAGGGACUUCAGCAAACACAACCAGUUAAGACACCAUCUCAGCCACAGCAAGAUAUGGAUUUGCCAGCCAUCACUUGUAAGCCUACCUAUGUGAAUAUUUCCACAACUCCGCCAACUAAGGAUGGGAAACCACUACUGGAUGCUGAGGCAGCUUAUGAGGAACUAAUGAAGCGACAAAGAGUUAUUCUGACACCUGGAACAAGCCCAACCCAGCCAGUUCCUGAAUUAAAUGACAUGGUUUUAACCCCCCCUGAAAGCGACACCUCUUCCAAUAGGGCACUCUAUCCUAUACCAGACUUGAAAAUAACCCAGUGUUCCUCCGGAGAAGAAGAUGUUGAAGAGGAAGAAAGUAUAGCCCAAAAACAGGAAAAGGUGAAACCAACUGAGGCCUCACAAGCUGGCGAGACUGUGAUGAAAGAGCAAACAUCUGUGGCGAGUAGUCCAUCUCCAGUCUCUCCUUCAGCUCCAUCUCCAGUUCAGGUUACAGCUCCAGCUGUGGCUCCGGCUCCAGCUCAAGCCGCAGUUGCAGCUUCAACGCCGGUGCCAGUUCAAGUCUCAGCACCAGAGGCAGCACCUGUUCCAAUUUCAGUUCCAACUGAAAUUGCCCCACCACCCCCUCCACCUCCACCACCAUUGCCACCAUCAGUCACAACGUCUCCAGCUAUUACAGAAACACCACGUGUUUCUGCAGCUUGUGUCUCGAGUUCAGUUUCCACCCCAUUGGACUUGACAUCCUCACCCUCUGAGACUGCGCAACCUGCAGUUUUGGGUAUAGAAUCAAUGGUAGAGGAUCUUAGUAAACCAAGGUCUUCAAUACAUGAAAAUGUUGUGUCAGGACAUAUUUCUAAUAUGCCAGCUACAGUUACUCCCCCUCUUUUACCUCUUGUCAUGCAGUCUGCACAGGAACCUGUUGUGGCAAGUGAUAUAUCAGUGACAAAUAUCUGCCCUGUAACUGGAGUUAUUAGCCUUAAAACCAGUAUUGCAAGUGUUUCCGCUAUACCUACUGUACCCCAUUAUGCUCCUGCUGUUUCCAGCAUAGUGUCAACUGCUGUUUCUGCCACUGUCUCUACAACUCAUACACAUACGUCUGCACCCCCAAUACCCCCCAAACCGGCAGUGCUGCUCAGAGGGUCAUCUCAGGAAAAGGCAGAUAUAGAUAAUGCUGUGCCACCCCCUCCUCCCCCUCCACCUCCACCUCUACCUCCCCCUACCCUGCCUAAGCCAGCUGUUUACCCUAAAAAGCCUUCCAUUAGCACCCCACCAAUCAUACCAGCUGUUGCAUCGGUGUCAGCUUCAACAGCUGUGACAGUGAUACAAGCAACAAUAACAACUCCAGACUCAACAUUAAGGAAUGCAGCGGCCCCUACUUACAGACACCAUGUACCCCCACCCAUACCACCAAAACCUGCAUCCAUCCCAGUAGGUUUAACAUUCAGUCACAAACCAGGUGAAAGCGUGAAACCUCCUGUUGCUCCAAAACCUGCAGUGGUCCAACCAGCAAGUCAAGCAAUAGCUAUGAUACAAGCAAGACCUGCACCCCCACCAAGCACAACUACUAUGGCCCUGAAUCUGAGCACCCCAGUUGAGUAUAAGCCGAGUGCAACCUCACCCAGAUCACCUUUGUCCCCAAGGUAUGGGAACUCAUUACAUGAGACAUAUGUGGUCAUUACGUUACCAUCUGAGCCUGGUACUCCUGUUGAAGGCAUUAUUACCCAGGCUCCAAUAAGUCCAGCUUUGGUUUCCCCAAUGCAACAUAUAGCACAAGCAGCAGUACCACUUGCAUAUACGCACUAUACAAAUUCAGUAGAAAUACAGGGGACUGAUAAGGUAGUUUCAAGCAUGAGUCAGAUAUACUCCUCAAUGUCAACCUCAACACAGCCUGUGGUACCUCUGCCUAACCUUGUAGCCCAGGUUGUGACAACAGAAGUCCAAAGGACAACAGUAUCUGUAGUUCGAGAAAAGAUACCUGUGACACCUCUGGUGCCUGCUACAAGAACAGCCACUGAAGUUGUUACUGUUGCCCAAGGAACUCCAAAAGCACAACCAAUACCAAAAGAGAAUGGAAAGAUCUACUACUCUGGGGAUGUUGUUGAUCUUCGUACAUUGAAACAGGAUGCUGAAAUGACAGAUAAAGGGUUGGAUUUGUCUGCAACAGAUUCAAGAGGCCACUCCAUUUCAGCUGAUGCCAGUGGGCAUCAGACUAGUGCUGUGCAGUCAGUGGUUGUUAACCUAAGCACAGAAGCAACGCCAUUGUCAUCUUUGUCAAUUGGGACUGAUAACAUAACCAUUGUCACCUGCACAGCCACAAUAUCCUGUGCAGGCAACAGACCACUCAAUCUAGGCCAUACCACUUCAAUGCCCCUACAGCUCACAACAUCUAGAUCAUUUGAACCAGUUGCCCAGAUAGUAUAUCGACCCAUAGAUUCACAACCUACAACUAAUUUUAAUACAGAAGCCCCCAUUAAUCUUUCCUUUGGAGCCAUUACCAGUGCAGACACAUCAAGGUCUCCUCUUACUCCAGCUUCCUUAUCAGAUCACAUCAGUGGUCACCUUGCACACAAUGAGGCUGGGCUUGCAAGUGCUGUAGACCUGACCACAACAAAGCCCAUUCAAACGAUGGUUGCUGUUAAUGGGUCUAAUUCUGCAGUGGUCACCACUGUCGUGGAAGAUGAUGGCAAACCUGUGGAUCUUACUGCUGGGAAACGGGUCGUUUGCUGUGAUGUUGUGUACAAGCUUCCUUUUGCUGGGAGCUGUACAACACAGCAGCCCACAACUGCACUACCUGAGGACCGGUUUGGAUAUAGAGAUGAUCAUUACCAGUACAAUCGCUCUGGACCCUACAGCAUGAAAGGUUUUGGUGGAAUGAAAUCCUCUAUGUCUGAUACUAACUUAGCAGAGGCUGGGUUGUUCUUCUACAAAAGCAAAAAUAGUUAUGAUUAUCAAAAUGGAGCAACAGAGGGUGCAGUAGACUUGACAUCUGGGAAAUUAUCCACAGGUGAAAUUAUGGACUACUCAAGCAGGGGCACUGGAGCAUAUCCUUCUAUGACUGUUCCCCAAUAUUCCCAAGCCAGAAUAACCCCUGUGGUGGGAACACACUUUGGUACCAAUAGCAUGUUACGGUCCUCGAAUGGGGUUGUGUAUUCAUCCGUAGCAGCACCUGUUCCCUCCACAUAUGCCAUCACCACCCAGCCAGGAUCAAUAUUUAGUACGACAUACAAUUCUUUGUCUGGAAUGCAUACCAGUGACACUAUGCCGUCUCUCUCAAGUCUGCAAGACCACCCCCUCCCAAGGUCUUACAGUUUCUUCACCACCACAGCAGCAGAGCAACAAGCAGCAGUAAGCCAGGAAAUAGGUUUGUCAAAGGAAGGGCUUUCUCCAGCUUUCACAGAGGCUGUUCCAACAGCAACGACCAUGCCUGGCUCAUACACAGACGCAUCACUGGAGGCAAUCGCCGCAUCUCUGGAAGCCCUGGCCUCACCGAUGGUCCCAGGAACAGAUGAAAGCACGCAGCAAUAUCAGAUGGAACGUGAGUUCCUGGAGCUGGAGAAGAUGAAGCAGCUACGUCUGGCGGAGGAGUUGGAGUGGGAACGACAGGAGAUCCAACGGUUCCGUGAGCAGGAGCAGCUGAUAGUUCAGAAGGAGCUGGAAGAGCUACAGACCAUGAAGCAGCAGCUCCUCUUCCAGCAGGAGGAGGAGCGCCAGGCCCACCUGAUGAUGCAGCAGGAGACCUAUGCCCAGCAGCAGCUCCAGUUGGAGCAGAUCCAGCAGCUCCAACAGCAACUGCAGCAGCAGCUGGAAGAGCAGAAAAUGAGGCAGAUGUUUCCCUAUGAUCCACCAACCACUUCUGAGCAGGCCCUGCUAGAUGCACAUUAUGCAGGGGGAGAAGGCAGCCAGUACUGGCCAGAGCAGGAUCAAACUGGGGUUCCAUCCAACGUUGCUGGCCUUGAGCUUCAACAAAAUGCAACCUGGUACACCGUGCCCACUGAGGGUGUUGCCCAGUAUAUUUCUAAUCUGCCAGAGUCUGAAAUACCACUCAAAGAGUCGGAAGGGCAGGAACUUGCCAUCCACACUGACAGGACACCUGGCCAAUAUGAUGAGCAUGGCACUGAUGCACUCACCAGAAAAAUAGUGGAAAGCGGUGUUCAAACUGAUGAGGAGGAGGGGGCUGACAAGGCUUGUAUAGGCAGGAGAAAGAGAAACAAGAGGAGUGUCGACUCCAGUGUUCAGACAGACGACGAGGACCAGGAUGAAUGGGACAUCCCCGCCAGGAGUAGGCGCAGGUCUCGUUCCAGCAAGCAGGGGUCCAAGGUGUCCAGCAUCGCCAUCCAGACUGUGGCUGAGAUCUCAGUACAGACGGACCAUUCUGGAACUAUCAAAAGACCAUCAGUCAGAGCUCAAGUUGACACCAAGUUGGAGAUUAAACAAAUCUCCUCACCAGAGAAAACAUAUAGAGGAGGUAGCACAAGUUGCCAGACAGAAGUAGGCUCGGGUAAAACAUCUCCUCAGAAGGAUAAGAGGCGGCCCACUCCCUUAGAGAUAGGGCACAGUACACACCUUAAAGCAGACUCCACCCUCCAAGUAGCCCCUUCUCCUCCAAAGUCCCCCAAAGUUCUGUACUCUCCCAUCUCACCCUUGUCCCCAAGCAAAUCCUUAGAAUUUGUUCAGUAUGAGAAAUCUGUUGGUGACACAAUACCGCAGAAAAUGCUAACUGCAGAAUCAUCUAAACCUCCCACAAGUCCACGGACACUGAAAGCCAUGCAGCGGUCAUUGUCUGAUCCCAAGCCACAGAGUCCUACAUCAGAGGAGAGGACAGGAUCCAAUUUCCAGUAUUCAGAUGGAUACUCAGGCAAAGGCUCACAGAGCAGCACUCCUUCAGGUACUCAGAAGAAAGUGAAACGCACUCUCCCCAACCCGCCACCAGAGGAGGAGUCGGCAGCCAGCCAAACAGGGUACAGCACUGGCUCAGCUCGCCGUCGCCUCUGCAGGAACACCACUAUGGCUAGGGCCAAGAUCCUACAGGACAUUGACAGGGAGCUUGACCUUGUUGAGCGAGAAUCCUCUAAGCUUCGAAAGAAGCAGGCUGAGCUUGAUGAAGAGGAGAAGGAGAUUGAUGCCAAGCUGCGGUACCUCGAGAUGGGCAUCAACCGGAGGAAAGACGCCUUGCUUAAGGAGAGAGAAAAGAGAGAGAGGGCCUACCUGCAGGGCGUGGCAGAGGAGCGGGAUUACAUGUCCGACAGCGAGGUCAGCAACAUUAGAGAGACGAGAGGGAAUGGUCACGGACUGGAGCGGCCUAGAACGGCACCGCAGUCUGAAUUCAACCAGUUCAUCCCCCCACAGACCCAGCCUGAGGCUCAGUAUGCCCAGUCAGGGGGUUCUUACACCCAGUAUCCAUAUGCACCUCAGACCCAAGCCACCACCCAGUACCCCCAGCAAACCCUUUACCAGCAGCCCUCCUUAUACCAUCAGCAGGUCUCUCCAUAUCAGUCCCAGUCAAUCUACUCCUCAGUGCCUAGUCUGUCCUAUCCCCAAUCCUCCCACCAGCAGUCCCAGCAGCAGAGCUACCAGCACACUUCGCAGAUGCUCCUGAUGCAGCAGAAAGCCAGGCAGACCACGCUUUCUGACCUGGAACCAAAGAUCACUACAAACUAUGAGGUCAUACGCAGUCAGCCCCUCAUGAUGGGCUCCUCUUCCACGGAUACCUCAUAUGCCGUCCCCCACCUUGCGGGCAAGUACAGCAGCCUAGACCUGAGGCUGGGCCUGGAGGAGAGGGGCAGCAUGGCCAGCAGCCCCAUGUCCAGUAUAUCAGCCGACUCCUUCUACGCCGACAUCGACCACCACACACCCAGGAACUAUGUCUUAAUCGAUGACAUUGGUGAACUCACCAAAAGCUCUGCGGGGCUGUCAUCCAGCUUCACCAUUCCAGACAAGGACCUCGCCAAGGCUGACCGGCUCCUACGCGCCGCUGAGGCACGCCGUUCUGCCGAGGUGACAGACUACCUUGCGCCUUUGCAGGCAUCUUCUAGGCUCCAUUCCUACAACAAGCCAGAGGAGGAUGCCAUGGAGGAGCCCUAUGAGCUGAAGCUGCUGAAACAACAGAUCAAGCAGGAGUUCCGAAGGGGAACUGAUUCUCUGGACCCUUUAACUGGUCUGCCACACUAUUACCCAGGCGAGAGCAGCUACAGACACUUCCCAAAGACCGAGAAAUACAGCAUCAGCAGGCUGACUCUGGAGAAACAAGCCGCUAAGCAGCUUCCUGCUUCAGUGCUCUACCAGAAACAGGCCAAGCAUAAAAAAGCCCUGAUGGACCCUAAAAUCACCAAAUUCUCCCCCAUCCAAGAAAGCAAAGAUCUAGAACCGGAUUACAGUAGCUACCUGGGAUCCAGUGUCUCUUCAGUCAGUAGCCUGUCCUCAAGAGCACGGCUACUGCAGGAUGAGCUCACAUUUGGUUUGAGGAAGAACAUCACUGAGCAACAGAAGUACCUGGGUUCUACCCUUGGGGCUAAUCUUGCACAAUCUCUCAAUCUAGGGCAGAGCCUCAAUCUGAGCCCAACUUUGCGAUCCUCUCUUCAGGAUGAUACAGCAUACCCCAGUGGCAGCAGAUCCAGACCCUCUUCAAGGCCUUCCUCCGUUUAUGGACUAGACCUCUCCUUAAAAAGAGACUUAUCCAGUUCGUCUCUGCGUCUUAAAACAGAAGGAGAUGCCUUAGACCCCUCUUUCACAACCCCUUCAGUGAGAACCAAGCCAACAAGUCUGCCCAUAAGUCAAAGCAGGGGACGCAUCCCAAUUGUGGCACAGAACUCAGAGGAGGAGAGUCCCUUGAGUCCAGUCGGUCAGCCUAUGGGCAUGGCACGGGCCUCGGCCGGUCCCCUCCCACCUAUAUCGGCCGACUCAAGGGACCAGUUUGGCUCAAGCCACUCCCUCCCUGAAGUACAGCAGCAUAUGAGAGAGGAGUCCAGAACACGUGGCUAUGACCGGGACAUAGCCUUCAUGAUGGAUGACUUGCAAGGAGCCAUGUCUGAUAGUGAAGCGUAUCAUCUGAGACGAGAGGAGACUGACUGGUUCGACAAACCCCGUGAGGCACGGCUGGAAAACGGGCACGGGGUGGACCGCAGACAGGUGAUGUGCAAUCUGACCUUGUCCUCAAACAGACGUAGUAUUAAAUCAAUUCACUACCCUUUCCCUCAUACCAGAAUCAAACUGCUGAGGGAUCCAAAAGAUCAUAGUGUAUCAGGCAAUGGGCUGGGUAUCAGAGUAGUUGGUGGUAAAGACAUUCCUGGGAACAAUGGAGACAUUGGAGCCUACAUUGCAAAAGUUUUACCUGGAGGGGCCGCAGAACUGACCGGAAAGAUUGUCGAAGGAAUGCAGGUCCUGGAAUGGAAUGGUAUUCCUCUGACUGGUAAAACCUAUGAAGAGGUCCAGAGCCUGGUUGGUCAGCAGUGUGGGGAGGCUGAACUGUGUGUCAGACUGGAUUUGAACAUGCUGUCGGAUUCUGAACACCCUCAGCAUUUGGAGCUGCACGACCAGACAAAGCCCGGAGACAAGCAGAGGUCCCCAGGAGUAGACCCUAAACAGCUGGCUGCAGAGCUCCAGAAGGUGUCUCAGCAGCAGACACCCUCCACAGUGCUGUCCGCGUCGGAGAAAGGCCCGCACAUCCACUCCGGCACAGCAUCGGCCGGCUCCAGCGCCGUGCCCAGCCCCGGCCAACCCGCCUCCCCGUCCGUCAGCAAAAAGAGGCACGGCAGCAAGUCUGCAGAAGCUGUGAAGACUCAGUCACACCCAGUCUCAGGUGAAAUACAGCUCCAAAUAAAUUACGACAAGAAUCUUGGAAACCUGAUCGUCCAUGUGCUGCAAGCAAGAAACCUGCCCCCAAGGGACAACAAUGGCUACUCAGACCCUUUCGUUAAAGUUUAUCUCCUGCCAGGCAGAGGCCAAGUGAUGGUUGUCCAGAACGCAAGUGCUGAGAACAAGAGAAGAACAAAGCAUGCGCAGAAGAGCUUGAACCCAGAAUGGAAUCAGACUGUGAUUUAUAAAAACAUCCACCUGGAGCAGAUCAAGAAGAAGACCCUCGAAGUGACAGUGUGGGACUAUGACAGAUUUUCAUCCAAUGACUUUCUUGGAGAAGUACUGAUUGACCUGUCGAAUACCGUCCAGCUGGACAACGUCCCACGCUGGUUCCCCCUGAAGGAGCAGAGUGAGAGCCAGGAGAGGUCCCACUCCAGCCAGGGCAGCCAGCAGUCCCCCAAGCCCUCUGUCAUCAAGAGCCGGAGCCACGGCGUCUUCCCCGACCCCUCCAAGGACAUGCAGGUGCCCACUAUUGAGAAAUCUCACAGUAGCCCCGGCAGUUCCAAGUCGUCCUCGGAGGGACACGCGCGCUCUCACGGACCGUCCCGCAGUCAGAGCAAAAGCAGCGUCACUCAGGCGCACCUCGAGGACGCGGGGGUCGCCAUAGCAGCGGCCGAAGCAGCCGUUCAGCAGCUCCGCCUCCAACCAAGUAAACCACCAAGGUCUGGCCACAGGGCGACGGACGCCACCGCGACGACCACGUCUUCCACCAGCAGCCUGGGGAGCAGCGGCCUGACCCUGGACGAGGAGGGCGGCACCAACGCCGUCGACAGCGCCAUCUUCCAGGUCCCUCGCAUCGGGAAAACAAUCCCAAACGGCACAGACAAGACACGGGGAUCAGACCCUCUGAAGCCUUCCCUGGGCCUUGGUGAUACAGAAGCAGGAAAAACACAGAUGAUGGGAGAGAUUAAAAUAGCACUGAAGAAGGAGAUGAAGACAGAGGGAGAGCAGCUCAUUGUAGAGAUUCUGCAGUGUAGGAACAUCACAUACAAAUUCAAGACACCGGAUCACCUUCCAGACCUGUACAUGAAGCUCUAUGUGGUCAAUGUGGCCACGCAGAAGAGGAUCAUUAAGAAGAAGACCAGGGUGUGCCGACACGACAGAGAGCCGUCCUUCAACGAGACGUUCCGCUUCAGCAUGAACCCGGCUGGGCACUCCAUCCAGCUCUUCCUGGUGUCCAAUGGUGGAAAGUUUGUUAAGAAGACGUUGAUCGGCGAGGCUUAUAUCUGGCUGGACAAGGUGGACCUACGAAAACGAUCAGUCAGCUGGCACAAACUCCUGGCCAGCUCCACUCAGGCCAACUCUUAAGAGGGAUGGAUCCGGGGGCUUCUGGGGGACACGAGAGAGAGAGGGGGGUGACCUGGAGGCUAUCGGCUAAAUGUCGACUGCUGCCUUAUAACUGGGGUAGAGGGGCAGAGUCUCAGAAAGCAGGCUGGGCUGAAUUUAUCCCCUGGAGGAACGCCAAGAACUCAGCUACUGUUAUCUGUCCCAGUCAGAUCAGUGCGAGUGAAAACAUCGCAGCACAGCGCAUGGGAAAAUGGAGCUUGGGGUAAAGGGGAUAAGUGCACACGAGAAUCCUGGGUGGCAACAGAGCCAGGCAGUCGCCUCCCUGCAGGGAGAAUGUAUGCAGAACAGACUAGGUCCAGAUAUGAUCUCUUUGCAGCUACAAACUGUCUAAGUGUUACAAUGCCACCACCCCCCUCCCCCCACUGAAAAACAGAAGAGAAUCAAUCCAGAAAAACAUCUAUGAUUUUAUUUGCAACAUUUCUUCUGCAACAUAGUUUCUUGCUGUUUGUAUUACAGUGUUAGUGAAAAGGCCAAUUGGAUUUAAUUCCAACUUUUUUAUUGUCACGAUAUUCUGUUAAUUUGCAGUGUUUGCUGGGAAUGGCAUGAGUCACUCAGUGGAGAUGCAGCCCAUAUGAUAUAUCAUUUAUCUUUUAUUGUCUCCAUAAUUUUGAAAUAUGGUAGAUGAAAGAAUAUGGUUCAGGAAUUUAUACAGAUAUAAUGAUAUAAUUUAUAUAGUAUAUAUUAUAUAUUUAUUAUGAUUUUCAGUUAAUCUAAAAAGUUAAAUAAUAUAGAUGGAUAGUGUUCCUUUAUCUUGGAUUAUGGAAAAAAUGCAGUAAUUACACAGGUAUUUAUUUAAAGAAAUUUGACUAUUUUCUGCUAUCCCCUCGUCCUCAUUAUAUAUGUAUAUUUAAAUGUACAUAUCACAGAACUAUUAUAAAACCAUAAAAUGUACAAAGCAUAAAUUAUCCAAUUUCUUGGGUAUAACAGGAUGAGUAACACUUUAAACAAAGGCAAGUUUGGUGUGCAUGAAUGUCAUAAAUUAUUGAAUUUCCUCUUCAGAAAAUCCCACUUCCAUCAAGGAAAACUUGUAUUAUCAGUAAAUGAUACAUAUCUUGAAAAAUUUAGACUUUGUACAUAGUGGGGUUUUGUUGCUUGAGAAUAGAUAUGUAUAAAUUAAUGUCACAGACAAUCCAGUAUUAACAAUUAUUAUGUACUGUAAAGUGUUUUGAAUGUGAAACAUUGAGCACAAAUUGAUUUAACUUCAAUUUAUGGGAAUUUUCCUCAAUGUAAACAAUAGAAUGAACCACCUUCAAUGUUAUAUUAGAUCACACAAUGUUCUUGAAGUCAGAUGGAGGUUUCAGAUCAGACAUUCACAAGGGAAAUGAUGCGUUCCUUAGAUACACGUUGUUGUGCUUGUAUUACUCAAUGACUAGCUGCACUUUGUGAUGCUAUAGAAUGUAGAAAUGAGUACACCUAGUAUGUCCCACUCAGAAAGGCCUUCAGACACCCAGAUUUUAGAACUAAAUUAAAAUGGUGCUAGCAUCAAGUGUUUUUCAAUGAGAAAUUAGAUCAAAUGAGGUACCUAGUCAAGCAAAAUUUCUCUCUGCUGAAUAUAAUGAAUACAUACAGUGUAAAAUGAAUCGAUUCUAUUUUUCCUCAAAAAAAUAAGGAAAGAAAUUAGGACAGCAUGUGGAGGUUGUUUGUGUUUGUUUGAGCAAGUGGCUUGUGAUCUGUUUGUUAUUGUCUUUCACAUUUGAUCCAAUGUUCCCCUGAGACCUAUUGGGUUGUUAGAGUGAAACCUUGGUUUCCAGAAUGAUUUCCUUGUUGUCAUGGAAAUCCCAGACAGUGGCCCUGCCCAUCUGCCAUUAGCCAACAGUUGUUGGUAACUGGCAUGACUGGAUAGGCAUCCAAUGCCUAACACAUUGUUUUAUGACUAAUAAACAAAUAAAAUCUUCCAUUUUGUGUCAAGAGUUAAAUGAUUGCUCCUCAGAUCUUGCCCUAUGAAACAACAUUCCAUGUUAAUGUUAAAAUGUGUAAAUGUCAUGUAGAUUGCAUUUUCUGUGACUUCACAAAGCCAGAGGUUUACUAAUGUUGUGAUGCAAAAAAUCUGGUCCAGAUUUGUUAACGUUUAGUUGUCACUCUGUGUACUAAGUGUUAUUUUACUGCUGCUGUUAUUAAUGUGUCAGCCCACCUGCAGUGUCGUUAUACAGUAUACAGUACAAGCAAGAGAAUUGACUAUAUUUUGUCAAUUUAAUAUCAUAAUUCACAUCAGGUAAUUAGGCACAGACAGCGCCCUCUAUCACUGGACUGUGGCAUUGCUUUGACGCCCUUUUAUAAUCUUUUUGUUUUGUUUUUGUUUCUUCCAAUAAGAAAAAUUUUAAUUAUUUUGAUGUACACAGCUAAUAUUGUGUGUUCAAACUGGCAAUGAGAAGAAAGAAUAAUGUAUGAAUUCAUAUUGUAAUGUUAUAUCAGUGGUAUAGCACUAAAGCCUGCAAAGACAUAACAGACCACAAAGUGGACCCAUCAGCUCAGACAGUGUUAAACGGUAAGAGGUUGGCGUCACAGAAAAAAAAUCUUUUGACUUGUGCCAACCUAAUUUUCUGACCAAAUCCAUAGGUUCUGUUGAAUUCUAUGCAACAUUGACUUUGUGCUUUGAAUGCAUUUCCUUGACAUAUAAAAUAUCAAUGAACAUCAUUGUCAAAAUACCGCAUUAGUAAACUAAUUUUACUUUCUGUUUGUAUAUUAUUGAUUCAUUCAUUUCUGUUUGUAUUUUUUUCCUUAUGUUCUACAAAAAAACUGAUUAUUGUCUGUGAAUUAGUGCACUUUAAAUUUACAUCACUCCAAAUGUUUAUUUUCCAAUGUUCAUUUAAGUUUGUUAUAUGCAAAGUACAGCACAAAGCCUUUAAUUUAGUUGUUGAGCUAUCAAUAGUUAAAUAAAAGAGGGAAAAUUCAGAAAAAGGGCAUUCUGUGGUCAGCAGUACAGCAUAUUGUGUUUACAGUGUUUUUAAAAAUGAUUUUCUUUUUCUGUGCUUAACAUAUGUUUAUGCUAUGGAUAGCAAGUUAUUUAGUUUAUUAUUUCACAUCUAUUCAUGUCUAAGGAGACAAUGUCCUGUUUGCCUCAGUAUUUUUGAGACUUAUUUCUUGAUCUUUUUUCAGAUUUUAAUGUUUUUGGGCACUCCCAGUUUGUAAAAGUUGUAUUUUUCCUAUAUAUGUAAAAUAAUAAUAAAAAAGAUGUGACAUAUUCACAUACUAUUUUAUUCAACAAAUAUAUUUACAUGAAACUGAUUUUUUUGUUCUUUUUUUUCUAAUAAACACAUGUUUUGGACAUGGUCUCCUUAAAAUUCCACUUCUACCCGAUCUUCAGGUUCCUUUGUCGCUCUGAUGUUUACUGGUGUCUGGGAAACCAAGGAGUAUUACAGUAGUUAUCUUGGAAGUAAACUGUGCGAAUGUUUCAUUAUUUGUAUCCUGUAAAUAUAUACUCUUCUUUUUCUACAAGAAGCGAUUUAAAUAUUAAUUUGGCUUGGAAUUGAGCAUGUGACUGUGGGGGAAAAAAAUCAGUUCUCUUUAACUCUAUUUGUAUAGAUGUUCAGUGGCGUGACCAGGUGAUCAUAUAAUUGGCUCAAUAGAGUAUUGCUGUCAACCCAGUGAAACUUGUACAGCUGACCCGAGUCUCACAAGACUGAUAAAAAUAUACAUAUAUCUAAACUUAUUUAAAUGUUUUCACAUUGGAUGUUGCAUGUUUUGUUGGUGGUUUGUUAAUAUUUUUGUUUCCAAAUUCUAUAUAAAAGAGAGAGAAAAAAUGUAUAAAUUUAUUUAAAGCAGUAUGCUAACUGUACAAAGAUAUGCUUGUAAAAUCUGUCUGGGUUUUCACUCUAUGUAAAAAUGAAAAAUAAAAAAUCUUAUGUCAUGGUUUUGUGGUUGUACACAGGAUGUAUUGAGAUAUUAUGCAAAUUGUGCUGUAAAAAACGGCUGUUUCCCUGAGUCUAAAUAAUAAAUAAUAAAAAAAGAUUCUCAUCCA